UGAAAGAUACCAGUAGAUUGAAUUGGAAUGUUUCUUGUCUGAUUGUAAGAAUGGGAUUUGAUACUGAGAAGUUUGUGUGCUACGUUUCUGAGGACAGGAAAUGCUCGUUGUGCAAUCUUGUUCUGGACAAUCCAGUCCAGGGACCGUGUAAGCAUGUGUUUUGUUCCGGCUGUAUACUUCCUUGGGUGGUGGAACAUGGCUGUUGUCCUUUCAGAUGCCAAGCAUUGAACACUGGAAACCUGACCAAUGUUUUGGCGCUCAGGGAUCUCGUGCUUAACAUGAAAGUUGUCUGUGAAUUUAGAUUAAAUGGCUGUACGGAGCAGCCAAAGCUGAGAGAGUUUAUCCCACAUAUCAAGGAGUGCGCAUACAGAAAAGUAAGGUGUGGGAAUGAGGGGUGUGAUAGGUUGGUUUGUGCGAAGGACUUAGAGGCCCAUGAAAUUCAAGAUUGUGGUUUCCGUCCUGUUGGUGUCUGCGAAUCUGGUUGUGGAGCUGUUUUGAAGAAAAACGAUUGUGAGCAUGAUUGCAUUCAAUACCUGAAGUCUGAGGUGCUCAACCAACAAACACGUGUUCAGAAUAUCGAAAAGGAGCUAAAACUAUUAAACGACCAGCUUAAGACUCGGGAGAAAGAAUUACUGUUACGAAUAAAGGGUAUGAAGAAACGUUUACAGUUUCAAGGUAUCAAACUAGUCAAUCAAGAAAAAAACCCGGAAACGAUGCCAGUGGACAACAGCAUGGAAUGCACGACCAAGUGUGGCACUGAGAAGAGGAUGACUUUAGUUCUUGAGCGAGCUGCUAGUAGCCUCGGAUUUAACAUCAUGGGUGGACUCACACCCGAGCCCAACAACAAUGGAAACGUCAUCAUCAGCCCAAACAACAGCAACAACAACAACCAGCAUGUUGGCAUGGCAACAGAGGGGAUUAUCGUUUCCAAGGUCCUGGCUGGUGGACCAGCACAGAAGAAGGGUCUCCAAACACAUGACCAGAUUGUCAAGGUAAAUGGUCGUGACCUGUCGCAGGCGUCACAUGAGGAGGCAGUGGAGGCUUUCCGCACUGCCGAGGAGCCGAUAGUUGUCGAGGUUCUUCGACGUGUUAACAAGAAUAAGAUGAAAACACGCUCAACACCAACCAUGGUUUCUAUAGGAACUCAAACGGAAGAAGAUAUCUAUGGCUACAACAGACCUCCAACCCCUCCACCCUCUUUCUAUCCAUUUCCAUACAGCGGGUUGAUGGAGCCCUCGUCGCGCCGCCCGCUCAUGUUUUCCCAGAGUACGGACAACAUGGGACUCACUGACAUCGAGAUGGCGCAGGUAGAUUAUGAUGACCCGUACUAUGAUGAGCGCCAGUAUGAAGUGGAAUAUGAGGAGGUGGUUUUACAGAGGAUGUCAGAGGCAGACAAGCUUGGUUUGACCUUGUGUUACGGACCGACAGAGGACGGCAUCACAGACAUCUUUAUAGGAGAGGUGGAUCCAUACAGUGUGGCCGCAAAAGACGGCCGGAUCCGGGAGGGGGAUCAGAUUGUCCAGAUCAAUGGUGUUGAUGUUCACAGUCGAGAUCAGGCCAUCAAGCUGUUUUCCGACCGAGGUUCAGACAUCACACUGCUGCUGGCCCGUCCACAGAUGCAGUUUGACGAUGGAUUUAUGGAGGAGCACAACGUUGUGUUGGAUGGGCUACAAAUGGACAUCCUGGAGAAACAUCACCAUGACAACAUGCAGAUCAUGGCCUCCAUGCUCUCCAGGGGCCACCAUUUUGACGAGGAGGGAGCGACAACAGACACAGGUACAACUGAAAACUCAUCCAACAAACAUGAGAAAGACAGCGGUGUGGGACGGACGGACGAAAGUACCAAGAAUGAUGAGAGCUCAGAACAGGAUGUGUUUGACAAUGAGAGCAUGAUGGGAACCAGAAAGUCUGGGUCGUCAAAAGGCUCGCAUAGCUACAAUGGUGAUGUUUGUGAACAGAACUACAGCAAUGACAGUUUUGUGUCUAACGGCGACGUGUCUUAUGAAAUCCCUGAUAAUGACGUUAAUAAUAAAUUCCGAGAAGUUCUGGAAAAGCGCUGUGAUACAAAUAACUUGAACCGUGUGAAUUCUCCUAGAAAAGACAGAAAAAGCUCUGAGAGCACAGAAAGUAGUAUUGACAAGGAGUUAGCUCAGUUGAACAGGGAGAUGGAGGGUAUUCAGAUUGAGUGUCAGGAAAUGGUGAAUAAUCACGCACAGAAAGGACAGAAAGAUGCUGUUAAGUGUGAAAGGGAGGUGUACAAAACACAGCGAAGUGUACCCAGAAUGGGAACUCGCAUAGACAAAGCUAAAGCGGGUAUGAGUCCCGGUCCAGACUCCUCAGACAGUUUAGGACGCAGAGAUACCCCACCUACUCCUAAAAUGGGUCCAAGCCGUUUUGGGGGGAAAGUGGCAGACAGGGAUGGAAGUGUUUCAACGAGUGCCUAUAACACGGGGGAGAGUUGCAGAAGCACUCCCCUCACUCUUGAACUUAACCCCACCUCUGAUGAGGGGGAUCGGGGAUUUAAAAACUCUAUGUUGUGCUUAGCAACCACUGGUACGAGCACCACAUCGCCUUUGCCGUCUCAUAGCGACACAGAGAAGCAGACGCAGACACCUGCCAGGUCACAGGACUGUUCUAGCGAUGAAAAUUACAUGACCAUCGCUGAGGUUGUGGAAAUUAAUAAAAAGAAUGAUAGUGUGAAACCUCAGAUGAACUCUGGUGAGUCAUUACAAGACUUAUACAUGCAGUAUGCAGAUGUCAUGUACACAAAUCGUGCCAAUUUGGAACAUACAAUUCAAAUACAGCAGAAGUUGUUUCAACAGCAGUUAGAUCAGAAAACCCCUCACAGGCGAAGGCAAAGUAGCUCCCCAGGGGCGAAAAAUGGUUCAAGCGUCAGUGGGUAUCAGUCACCAAAUAUUUCACAGCAGACGCAAAAAGGGAAUGAGCAGACGCCACCUGACAGUGGUCAAAGUCAGAUGGAAUGGGUGGUGAAGCGUCGACCAGAUGGAACGAGAUACAUUACACGUCGUCAAGUAAAAAGCAAAAUGUUGAAAGAAAGGGCGAAGAAAAUUUCCGAGGAGAGAUGUGGUAUGACGACUGAUGACGACGCUAUGAGUGAACUGAAAACUGGGAGAUACUGGACAAAGGAGGAGAGGAAGAGACAUCUAGAAAAAGCUCGGGACUAUAAACGCCGUCGUGAAAUGAUGGCUCGAGCUAAAAUGGAAACUGUGAAAGAAGCAGAUGAGAAAAAAGACAUUGUUGAGUUGAGUCAUAGAAAAAUGAACAAACACAAGGGCAAGAAAGUGCUGGAUGACUUUACGACAGUGCAGGAGAUGAUGGCCCAUGGUAACAAGGGUUCUGACAGUAGCAAGAAUUACAAACCUUUACUUUCGGUCACUACAGUGUGAUGGUUGUUGAGUAUAAAGAUGUAAAUGGAGUAAAAAUAUUCUUCUUUAGCAUUAUCUCCAUCAUUGUGAUACAGUAAAUGUGCUUAAAAGUGAUGAUGAAAUUCAUGUCUGUAAAUUACUGGUGUUUUAAAGAUCUGAAAACAGUUUGGUGCUAGUAUAAUAAUUUUUUUGUUUUGUUCGAAAUUCAGCUAGUGUUUGGACAACCAAACUGGUUAUUUACUUGUGAAAAGUCCAUUUUGAAAAUAUUUCAAGUUUUAAGUUAUUUUCCAUUUCUGAUUUCUUUAUCCUAAGCUUGAAAAAUUCAAGGAGAGUAAAGUUGAAAAAUGUUUUGUAUUAUUUUCGACUCACACCAGCUGACAAUUAAUGCUUAUGAAUUUGAAUGUGUAGUUUUUCACAGGUAUUUACAUGUGCAAUAUAUGAUAUGAUAAUUAUAGUAUAGGUGUAUGUGAAUUAGAACUUUAUAAAUGUGUUACAACUGUUUAUACAUUGUAAUUUAAAAAAAUAUCAACUCAAUAGUGGUAAUUAUUAUAACAGAAAAUUGAUUAAAGGGCCAAACACUCACUUUUUAUGUAUUUAACUUCUUCAUAUUUUCAUGAUUAGUUGUUCAGUCCACAUUUAAUUACAAAACUUCCUGUUUAUAUUUGAUAUGUUUGUCAUUAGUUUCAUCCAUAACAUUUUUGAGCAGUUGUAACACAUUUGUGAAAUAAAAUUGCUUUAGUAUUGAGGUUCAUUCAUGUGAUAGCUAACUUGUAUAUAUGUACAGUGAUGUCACCUGUAGGUAUUGUACUGUGAUGUCACCUGUAGAUAUGUACAGUGAUGUCACCUCUGUAGAUAUGUACAGUGAUGUCACCUGUAGAUAUGUACAGUGAUGUCACCUCUGCAGAUAUGUACAGUGAUGUCACCUGUAGGUAUUGUUCUGUGAUGUCACCUGUAGAUAUGUACAGUGAUGUCACCUCUGUAGAUAUGUACAGUGAUGUCACCUGUAGAUAUGUACAGUGAUGUCACCUCUGUAGAUAUGUACAGUGAUGUCACCUGUAGAUAUGUACAGUGAUGUCACCUCUGUAGAUAUGUACAGUGAUGUCACCUGUAGAUAUGUACAGUGAUGUCACCUCUGUAGAUAUGUACAGUGAUGUCACCUGUAGAUAUGUACAGUGAUGUCACCUCUGUAGAUAUGUACAGUGAUGUCACCUGUAGAUAUGUACAGUGAUGUCACCUCUGUAGAUAUGUACAGUGAUGUCACCUCUGUAGAUAUGUACAGUGAUGUCACUUGUAGAUAUGUACAGUGAUGUUACUUGUAUUAAAUGUAUAUACUACGGAAAUUGUACAUAAACAUAAUCAUUGUUAUCACUUGGUCUCUUGUACGCACAUGUUGAAAUGGGUCAACAACAACAAGAACAAUAAUUGUUUAGAUGAUAUUUGUUUUAUUUGAUGGUUAAUAUCGUUUUAUUUGAUGGUUAAUAUCGUAUGGAUCAUUUUCUACCAUGAGAAACAUUCUAGUCACAUUUUAAUGUAUAAUAGUUGAUGUUUUGUAUCCAUUUAACAAUGAUUUAAUUUGAAUAUUGAAAUGGUUUUUAUUAUGAAGAAACAUUGUAAAAUGAUACCAAUUUAUUAACAUUUCUGUUCAUAGAGAUAAAGUUUCUCUUCUGUGUAUAAUAAAAACAGUGUAUACAUAGUUUAAUCUGUUAGAUGCACAAGCUCAUUAUAAUUGUGGCACACUUUGUGGGGCCCCAAUGGAAUUUGUUUGUUGAUUAACUUAUUUUGAAAUCGAUCUUUUGGUCACAUUUGUCCAUUGAUUAAUAAACUUAACCUGAACAAAAAAACUGGUAGGGCCUCAUGAGGACUUCUUAAUGUUUACCCUGUUGCUUCAUACAUGUAUAACUGUUAAUGUCUGAACUGUACACUGUUGAUGUAUUUAACCGUUUUGGCAUUGAAUGUUUGUAUAUUAUUGGUAAAAUAGUUACAAGCUGAAGUGUAUAGUUUUAUUCAUGUAUAUUACUGAACUAUUUAUUCAUUCAUUUUACAUGUAUUUGUGAGCAUGGAUGGACUUAACAAAAUAAAUUAUUGUUUAUAUAUU